AUACUCUAACAAGCGUCGACAACCUAGCUACCGUGAUGCAAGCCCAAGGAAAGUACGAUGAAUCAGAGACGAUGAAUCGGCGUGCACUAGCGGGGUACGGGAAGAUUCUUGGACCAGACCACCCAGACACCCUAACAAGUGUCAGCAACCUGGCUUCUGUGCUGGCGUGCCGGGGGAAGUACAACGAAUCAGAGAGGGCGAAUCGGCGUGCACUGGAGGCGCGCGAGAAGAUUCUUGGACCGGGCCAUCCAGACACUCUAACAAGCGUCGACAACCUCGCUACCGUGAUGGAAGCCCAAGGAAAGUACGAUGAAUCAGAGACGAUGAACCGGCGUGCACUGACGGCGUACGGGAAGAUUCUCGGGCCGGACCACCCAGACACCCUAACAAGUGUCAGCAACCUGGCUUCUGUACUAGCGUGCCGGGGAG